UUCGUUUCCUUCAACUUUUCAGAGCGCUUUCGCUCUAAACAGCCCAGUCAGCGAUAAGGGACAGUUUUUCUAGGUUUAGUAGUGAUAAUGGCAGACUAUUCUUAUAUUGGGAAUGGCUCCUACAAAUCACUGGUCAAAGAUGCGGAAAUCUCGAGGGUCGUAAUGACAGUCCAAGGUCCACGGGAAAUGUUACCAAACAAUGCAAAUGGUCUUCCAGCUCUUCCCGGCAGCUCUACAUUCAAAAAAGGACAGCUAAGACAAGCGCCUUCUUACCUGUUAGGAAAACCAUUACACGAUUUCGACGCGACGGGAAAUGGAUCGCCAGCUAAACCAUCCAAGGAAACUUUCCUGGUCCUUAGUCGUCGAUCGAAGAUGUCAAAUGACCAAGCUUACAGGUUCAAUAUGUCUAAAUCGCUUUUUCUCUUCGAACCUCUUCACCCCCUUAGACGUUUGGCCAUCAGGAUCAUUACUCAUCAAUAUUUUGAAUUUUUUGUCAUAUUUAUUAUUCUGAUAAACUGUAUUUGCCUGGCUUUAAACCACCCUCCAGAAGAGGCAGAAUACAUAUUGGCGUUUAUCUACACUUCGGAGAUGUUUCUUAAGAUCAUUUCUCGUGGGUUUGUUCUCCAUUCCUACGCGUAUCUGAGAAACCCUUGGAACUGUUUGGAUUUUACAGUGGUUAUACUGGGGUAUGUGACACUGUCGCCAAAUGUCGCAAACUUUUCUGGAAUAAGAACUGUGCGUGUUUUGAGAGCUUUGCGAACGAUAUCUGUUCUGAAAGGUUUUUGGAUAUAUGAAGAGGGUAGACCUGUUAUUUGUGGAAAUGGAACAGCUGCCAGGAGAUUUUUUUUAAACUACACAUGCUUGCCUGAUGCCGGACCGAAUCCUGAUUUUGGUUAUACGAACUUUGAUCACAUGGGAUGGUCCUUGGUACUGUCAUUUCAGCUUCUUACGAUGGACUUCUGGGAAAAUAUCUACAACAAGAUUCUGGCUUCCAGUGGAAUCUGGUGCGUGUUCUUUUUUUUUGGAGGCAUAUUUUUCUGUUCUUUUUACCUUUUAAAUCUCGUGCUGGCCGUGGUGGCUUUAUCCUACGAACUGGAGAUCAAAUCUAUCCACAAAGAGACUGCGAGAUUUUUUUUUCAAAACAAAACCGCCAUGUCAUACCGCGCCGACUCCGACACACUGUUUUUUUUUCAUCCGCUGACCACCAAAGUGCAGGUUCUCAUCAAGACAAUUCACUCCAUCAGGACUCAAAAGAAGGUCGAAGAGAUUACCUACAGAGUCCCCAAGGAGCCGCCUCCCCCGUCACUGUUUCGCCUUAUCGGGAGUAAAAACUCUUUUAAGGAAAUUCUGGACGAAAAAAUGAAGAACGACGCAUUUCGUACAGAUAUGAAAUGGACACGGCGCCUUCAGAGAAUGAUGUGUGACGUCAUGGGUCACUCCAUUGUGGAAGUGUUUUUUUUGGGAUUCAUCCUCGCCAAUACAGUGGUCCUUGCCGUAGAUCAUCAUCAAAUUGACUCGCAGUUCAAAAAAGUCCUUGAUGUGCUCAAUUUGAUGUUUACUAUCAUCUUCACUGUGGAAAUGAUUCUGAAACUUGUUGCCCUGGGUCCAUUAUACUACAUCCAAGGCAAAUGGAACAUAUUUGAUGGUAUCAUUGUCAUUAUCAGCUUAGUGGACACAGGACUUGAGCUAGCGGACUUUAAAGAAUCCUCUGGAACCAGUGUCUUCCGCACAUUUCGCUUGUUUAGAAUCCUAAAACUGGCGCAAUCCUGGGAGACAAUGCGAAGACUGUUGUCUACAAUAUCCAACAGCGUUGGGCCGAUCGGCAACAUCACCCUCAUCCUGGGUCUGGUGAUUUACAUCUUCGCCUUGAUGGGAAUGAAGAUGUUUGGCAAAUCAUACACACCGGAAAAGUUUGGAGAGGAUGGUGUACCACGCUGGAACUUCAAUGACUUCUGGCACGCUUUCAUGAUGGUGUUCAGAGUGCUGUGUGGAGAAUGGAUCGAGCCCUUGUGGGAUUGCAUGAGAGCAACCAGUCCAGCGGCCGCCAUUCCAUUCUUUAUUCCAGCUUUUGUCAUCGGCAAUUUCAUUGUUCUCAAUCUCUUCCUUGCUCUACUUCUCAACGCUUUUGACAGCGGUGAUGAGGAAGAUGAAGAAGGCGCGAAUGAAGAUGAUGACGAAGAAGACGUGGUCAAAAAACUCCUAAGGAAGCUAACAAAAACGAGGAAGACUCCAGUGUUACCCGUCCGCGAUCAUCGGUCGUGGGAUGGAAGCUGCAAUUCCUCUCAAGAAAUACAAGCCUUUGGUAGAGAAAAAGAUAACAGAAACGUAAGGAAGUUUAGCCAGGGAAGGGAGUACUCGACCGUAGCUAACAUCAUUCCUGGUGCAACUUCAAGCCCAAACCGCCAAGGAAAGUCACCAGUACAACCAGCCGAAGUUGACGAAUGUUUCCCAGAGUUCUGUAUGUCACCUCUGACUAGUUGCGCCUGCUGCAAGAAGAUUACUUGCAACAACUGGCUGCUGUUUCGCUGGCGCACACGGACACUUGUGGAACACAGAUACUUUGAAUGGUUUAUUCUCUUCACAGUGCUAAUAAGCAGUUUGGUUCUGGUAUUUGAAGAUGUCUACCUUCCAAGCAAGCCUACUCUACAAAAAGCCCUGGAAAACUUGAAUUACUUCUUUGCGUUCAUCUUCGCCUUAGAGUUUGUCCUCAAACUGAUAGGAUUGGGCUUGGUUGGAUAUUUCUCCUCGUUCUGGAACUGCCUUGAUUCGUUGAUAGUCGCGAUUUCCCUUGUGUGUGUGUUUGAAGAUCAAACUUUGGCAUCGUUGCGCUCUCUGAGGACAGUGAGAGCAUUGAGGCCAUUGAGAGCAGUUUCACGUCUGGAAGGGAUGAAGGUUGUCGUAAAUGCUCUAUUUUCUGCCAUACCUGGUAUAGCCAAUGUGCUAUUGGUUUCCCUGUUAUUCUGGUUGAUCUUCAGUAUCCUGGGAGUCCAGCUUUUCGCCGGGAAAUUCUAUAAAUGCAUAGAUAUGGAUGGUGAGCGCGUACCAGCCGAUUUAGUGUCAAACAAGUCCGCUUGCCUGAAGCAUCCUGAAAAAUAUCGAUGGGUAAACUCAAAUGUGAACUUCGAUAAUGUCAUCAACGGCUUCCUCGCUUUGUUCCAAGUUGCGACUUUUGAAGGAUGGAUGGAACUUAUGGAUGAUGCGGUGGAUUCCAAAGAGGUCGACGAACAACCUGCAGAUGAGAGUUACCUUGGUGCUUACUUCUACUUCGUCAUUUUCAUCGUUAUGGGCGCUUUCUUUGUGCUCAACUUGUUUGUUGGAGUCAUUAUCGACAACUUUAAUAGUUUGAAGAGAAGAUAUGACGAGCUGAGUUACAUGGGGAUGCUACUGACCGACGCCCAAAGGAAAUGGGUGGACAUCUUAAAGGAAUCUGCCAAAAGAAAACCACCAGACAACUCAAUCAGACCACAGAGCAAGAUUCUACAACUUCUGUAUGACCUGGUAACCAGUGAGAUUUUUGAGAUGGGAAUACUGGGUAUGAUUAUAUUGAAUAUGUCAGUUAUGAUGUGGCAACACUAUGGCCAAUCGGAAGCGAUGACAACUGCACUUCAAGUUUCCAACUGGAUAUUUACAGCGGUCUUUAUCCUUGAAGCUGUAAUGAAACUUGUUGCAUUACGCAAGCGUUAUUUCACCAAGGCCUGGAACAUCUUUGAUUUCUUCAUUGUAAUUACUUCAAUUAUUGGAUUAGCGAUGGACGAACUAACCACAGGAAACAACAGUAUCAUGAACCCAGGUCUUCUCCGAGUCUUUCGCGUUGCAAGAGUAGCCAGACUACUAAGAAUUCUGCAGUUCGCAAAGGGAAUCCGUCAGCUUCUCGUAGCAUUGAUAAUCUCAUUACCAGCCCUCUUAAACGUCGGUACUCUGCUGUUUUUAGUCAUUUUCAUAUACGCCAUCAUUGGAAUGUCAACGUUUGGUCACGUAAAGAAACAAAAAAGCCUGGACAAUACGGUAAACUUCGAGACUUUUGGCCGGUCUAUGAUGCUGUUAUUUCGCUUGUCUACGGGGGCGGGUUGGAACGACAUUUUGGAAUCACUUAUGCUUCGUGAACCCGAUUGCGAUCCGGACUAUGAGGGAUUCCCGAAUGGUAACUGUGGGUAUCCCGUGGGGGCAGUCAUUUACCUCGUAUCGUACAUUUUCAUAGUUUUCCUUAUCAUUGUGAAUAUGUACAUUGCUAUCAUCCUAGAGAAUGUAAACAGGGCCCAAGAGGGAGGGCUUGUUAUCAAAAAGGAAGAUCUAGACAGCUAUUAUGAAAAGUGGGCAUUGUUUGUGACCGAUGGAAAACAGUAUCUUCUCGUUGAUCAAGUGUCGGAUUUCGUUGCUCUCCUCAACGAGCCUUUCAAAAUUCCGAAGCCAAACGAACAGGAGCUCGUUAGAAUGGGAAUCAACGUUCGAAUGGGGUAUCGGGUUCAGUGCUUUGAUCUCCUUCGCUGUUUAGUCAAGCGUCUUUUGGAGCAGAAAGGCGAAUCACCACUCGCCUUUGAGCAAAUAGCGUCUAAGUUAGAAACACAUUUUAGAAGGCGGGGAGUCAGAAAAAAAUCCCGCAUCAGCAAAUCUCGCUCAACUUCCAAUGAAAUAUCUAGUGAGGAGUUUAACAAUGUGUCCUAUGCCGAUGAAACUUUAAAGGAAGAUGGAUCAACUCCUGCUAUCACAGCAGCAGAGAGCGGCAGCGUUUCGGAAAAAAAUGAUUCUUCUCCCAAAAACAGUACUCCUCCUCGCACUAAAUACCGUGAUCCAAUUUCUACAGCUCUGAUGUUUCAAAGCGCCAUUAGGCGCUUCUUGGACAAGCGCCGUGCUCGUGGGACUGUAACGUUCCCUAUGACAAAUGGUUUCUCCAGUGAGAGUGUACAGAAAUGUUCUUGCAGUCCGUUGUCUUCAAUCUCAAGCGAUCAGGAAGUGGGCGAUUUCAUGUUCGGCCUUGAACUAACUCCCGGAAGUAGAUCUCAGAUUUCUUUUGACAGUGCGCAUGGUAGUAACUCGCCAGGAUGUUUAUCUUACGACCCAUUUGACUCAGAUGGCGACAGCGUCUAAUAAUGACUUCAUCAUGGUUUAACAAACUUAACAAUUUUAAAAAGAAUAUUAUAAAACACAAUGCCACUAGCUCUCGUUCCAGAAUCCUGGCCUUAAUGUAGAAGGGGAAAGUUAGCUUCUUUUGUCCCAGUGAGGCCUUUGAAGCCUUUGAGGACCAGGAAUCUGAUUGAGGGAGCUAAACGAGGCAAAUAGAUAAAGGUAUCUACUCGAAGGUGCCGACAUUAGCUUUGGAACUAAUGGAAUGGGAGGAACAACACAGCAUGGAGAUAGAAAACCCUUCGUAUCAUAACUCCAAAUAUAAAGAAUGAAAAAAUAAACGCGUCUGGAUCUUGCUCGGCAAUCGAGUUCUCACUUUUUUUUAAAAAAAAAGUUCACUGAAUAAAUUAGAUUACCGGAUUAGUUAAAUUCUCUAAGCAAUAUUAAUGGGGACGCUAUUCUUAUUGUUAUUGUAAUCAUAGUCACAUGAUCACGCGACCCCACAAGCCCCCAGCUUUAAACCUCAUCGUGUUUAGAUAAAGGAUAUGAUUGAUUGACUGAUUGAUUGAUUGAUCUCCUCCUCAUUACGUUUACUUAUGUUGAGCCAUGAGCUAUGAGAACUUAAAACUAUAUUCAACAUUUCAAGCGACUCCAACCCUAAAUUUACGUAAGUUUCAAGUUUCUAAUUGCUAUAUUUCUAAAGGGCUCCAAGAUCUGCAAGCACUUUAAAAGAUUACAGAAGAACGAUCUAAAUCUGUAUCUCUUUAGUUCUUCAGCUUUAUUACCAUAGCGAUUUAAAAAAC